AUUUGGCUCAGACUUAGGGAGAAAAUGGAAGAUCAAGACAGUCCUCUUAGCUGGCCUUACUACUUCCAGGAAGAGGGAAUUGAGGAGUUGAAGCACAGUUUGUUUUACACAACGUUAGAGCUUGAGACUACAAUUCUCUCUGCUCAAGAGGAACUUGCUAGAAAAGAUGAUGAACUCCAGCAUUUCAAAGGUCUCUUGACAAAGACCAUCGGAGAGAGAGAUGAAUUCCAAGCAAAAUGCCAAAGGCUAAUGCUGGAGAGACUCCUACUCCAACAGCAAUUGCAACAACAGUUUCAGCAUCCCCCAGAAAUUGCUCGGUUAACCGGGACUACUAGCAGUGAAGAUGAACCGAGAGGGGGUGAAUCCAACACUGGAUUUUCUUCUUCAGAUUGUGAUGAAAACAUCACUGAAUCGUCCAGUAAGUACCCAAUUCCACCACCAACAUUACCACUGCCGCCACCAGAAGUGACCAAUAAAUUGGAUUUGAAAAAGCCGUUGCCAGAACAAGGGAAGUUCCUGCAGGCGGUGAUGGAGGCCGGGCCGCUCCUCCAAACACUACUCCUGGCUGGACCACUGCCUCAGUGGCAGCACCCACCUCCCCAACUCAACACCAUUGAGAUCCCACCAGUGACCAUUUCUUCUCCAACGCCAAGGCUUCUCCACCAGGACUCUUGUGCCAGUACAGGUGGUUGUUUCAGCAAGAAGAGGGGUGUGGUGAACAGUGCUGAAGUCUCUGAUUUAUCUCCUAAUACUAAGUAUCAAAAGGUGGUUCACCAAUCAUCAUUGACCAACAUCUAGUGAAAUCCCCAUAAUUAGCUAGUAGACCCAUCCUUUUCAUUCUGUUAAGCAUGAAAAUUGAAAAGUAAUCAGCAUGCAGUGGAGGGUUAUAAUGCACCUCUUUGAAUUUGUAUAGUAGUUUUGCCUUAGAACUUGAGAGUCCUAACCAAUUAGGAGAGAGAAAAAGAG